UUAAGGGUAAAGGCGCACCGUGCACGCUAAUACAUGGCAAUUCAUUGGCGAAGGGAUGGGAUUAAUUGGUUAAUAAUGUUUGACUGAAAAAAGUCACUCGUUUUGUUGGGUUGCUGUCGGAGGAACAGCAUAGAGGAGGAGAUGAGGCUGCACCGCGCUCCUCAAACGGCAAUAACGCUACUAAAAGUUGGAAGCCGGGACGUUAACCACCUCCAUUGAAGCCCUGCACACACACAGCGCGCUGCAAUGCACGUCAUGCGACGCCUCAAGAGUAUUGCGUCCGGCCGCUCCUCCAUCUCCGAUCCGGGUGGAGAUGGCGGCACAAAGAGGGCAAAAUUUGAACAGGAAGAUGAUGUGGAAUCCUUUGAAUCAUCUACUGCUGGAGCAAGUACUAUCGAGACUUCAGAGCAGCAGGUCCCAUUUGUUCCCGUAGAGCCCUCCAUGGAUGUCCAAGCAAGCACCUCGAACAUGGAAGCAGUUCCAAAAAUUCGAAAUGCUGGCAUUGACCAGCUUCCAAAAGAAAUGCAUGAGAUGAAAAUAAGGGAUGAUAAAGCAAAGAAUCCAGAUAAGAAGGAUACCGAGGCCACAAUGGUCAAUGGCAGUGGAACGGAGACUGGUCACAUUAUCUCUACCACAAUAGCCAGUCAAAAUGGGCAGCCAAAACAGACUAUCAGAUAUAGGGCAGAACGUGUUGUGGGCACUGGGUCUUUUGGCGUCGUCUUCCAGGCUACAUGCUUGGAAACCAAUGAACCUGUUGCUAUAAAAAAAGUGCUUCAGGACAAGAGAUACAAGAACAGAGAACUGCAAAUUAUGCGCAUGCUUGACCAUCCUAAUAUUGUACAACUCAAACAUUGUUUUUUUUCAACUACAGACAAAGAUGAAUUAUACCUGAAUCUUGUGAUGGAGUAUGUUCCUGAAACAGUGUAUCGAGUUACAAAAUACUACAGUAGGUUAAAUCAACGGAUGCCAUUGAUAUAUGUCAAACUCUAUACUUACCAGAUCUGUCGCUCUCUGGCUUACAUUCAUGGUGCUAUUCGUAUUUGCCAUCGUGACAUAAAACCACAAAAUUUAUUGGUCGAUCCUCAUACCCACCAACUUAAGCUAUGUGAUUUUGGCAGUGCGAAAAUGUUGGUGAAAGGAGAACCCAAUAUUUCAUACAUUUGUUCGCGGUAUUAUAGAGCUCCAGAACUUAUAUUUGGAGCUACAGAGUAUACAACUGCAAUAGAUAUAUGGUCAGUGGGCUGUGUCUUGGCAGAACUACUUCUUGGACUGCCUCUAUUUCCUGGAGAAAGUGGAGUCGAUCAGUUAGUAGAGAUCAUUAAGGUUCUAGGGACUCCAACACGAGAGGAGAUCAAAUGCAUGAAUCCAAAUUACACAGAGUUCAAAUUCCCUCAAAUCAAAGCACAUCCCUGGCACAAGGUGUUUCACAAAAGGACACCUCCAGAAGCAGUUGAUCUUGUUUCAAGACUACUCCAGUAUUCUCCAAAUUUGCGAUGUACUGCUUUGGAGGCUUGUGCGCAUCCUUUCUUUGAUGAGUUGCGUGAUCCCAAUUCUCGUUUGCCAAAUGGUCAACCACUGCCAUCCAUUUUUGAAUUUAAACCACAAGAAUUGCAGGGAGCCUCAACAGAGUUGAUUCAGCGACUUAUACCUGAGCAUGCAAGGAAGCACAACACAUGACUGUCAAUGUAACCAUAUUAUCUUACAAAAAAUAAUCGUGUUGAUAGCUGGUGCAAAGGACUUGAUGAUUGUGGCUAUUUCCCAUUAUCAUUCAGAGCAUCCUUUUGUGGGGACUAGUAAAUGAGACCUUAUUUGUCACAAUUUAUCACAGGAUGAGACUAUUUAUUAGGAUGUCCAGAACUACUAGCAGCACAUAUCUCAAUGUUGAAACUUUGUUCUCAUAGAUAGUUAAUAUGUAUGGAUAGAAAACCUUUUUGUAACUUCUUAUUCUCUCCAUUGUAAUAUGAACUCCUUGCCAUCUUCGCGUUAUUCAGUUUUGAGUCCUGACAGGAGAGCUCCAAGCAGUAUGUUGCUCUUACACGGGGGCAUUCAUAUGAGGUAUGAUUAUAUUUUGGUAGGCAAACAUCCCGCAGUGAAAGAGGUGGAAUGCACGUAAGCAUUAUGUCAGGAAUAGGGCCAGAUCAAAUGCCCAAGGAUUUAUACCAGUGAAGGUAACAGUUUAUUUUACGCAAGUGCUUUCUUGGGAGAAGGCUAUUAAAUCUUUACUUCUGAUGGACCGUGAUUGGUGUAUAUUUAGAAUGGAUUCAUGUGGGUGAAAUCGUAAUACUAGCCUGAUGCCUGAAAAUUAACGAACUUUUCUUUUCAAGUAAAUUUGGCUUUGGUGAUGUCAGUUUAUUGACAGGAUUAAGGAGUGAAAUUUGAAUAUCUUGGUUUUUUGUAA